AUGAAGGAGGCCACACUACGGACUGAGGCGGAGCUAAUGGCCAAGGAAGUAAAGUUGGAACGCGACGCUGUACAGCGUCGGUAUGACGAGGCCUUAGCGCAGCUUUCCCAAUUGCAGAAUUUGAAGGAAAAGUAUUCUGAAAAGUUGCAAGAAUCUAUGGCGCAGUAUAAAAUCGACACAAACAGAGAGUACAGCAACUUGGUGUCGAGUGUUGAGAUUGAGAAGGCGAAAUUGGAAGCUGAGCGCGCAAUGCUCCGUGAAAAAACCAGCGCCGUGGAAAAAAUGUCAGCUCAGGUUCAACGCGCGCAACAAGAUAUGGACGACAUACAGGACCAACUGAAAGAAGCACGGGCACAAGCUCUCAGGUGGCGACAGGAGAAAGAGGAAGCCGAGCAUACUGUUAAAGAUCUGUCGCUUCAGGUAUUCCUCGUGUGGUAAUGAUCGAUCUUGUGGUGUGACUGACAUGUUGAGCUACCUGCCGGU